CAUAUUGUGCUCUCCAUCAUCUCUUUCUUGUCAUCGCCAUCCAUUCAUCCAACGGCCCUUACUCCACCCACCUUCCCUUUCCUCCCCCUUCCCCUUCGUGUCCACAGUCGACAAAGCACAAAAAAAAAAAAAAAAAGCUAUAUUCCUGCAGCAGCCCAAUUUAUCACACCCCACUUCCCUUUGUCUCCCUUACUUAACCCUCUCACUCGGCGUGCGAAAUUAAUAUCGACGAAAAUAUGCAUCUGUUCAAGGCUAAGAAGAAGCCGGAGGACCAGCCUCCUCCUCCUCCAACCUCCCCGAACCGUGCGAACCGAAGCUCGUCCGUCAAUGGCACAGCCGUGCCACUCAAGUUAGGUGGCCAGCAGCAGCAACAACCCGGUCAAGGGCAGGCCCAGGCUCAGGGUCAGGCUCAGGGUCAGGCUCAGGGACAAGGGCAAGGACAGGGUGGAUUCACUAUGACCAUGAACAAUGGUAGUAAUAUCAGCAACAUUUCCAACGUCAAUCCCAAUAACCCUCCCGGCUCUGGCAACAGCCCAAGAAAUAACAACAUGGACCCCUUGCAGCAGCAGCAGCAAUAUUACAUGUCUCAGCAACAGCAGCAAAAUCAACAGCAGCAACAACAACAAUACCCGCAGCAACAGCCUUACCAGCAGCAAUUGCAUGCACCAUCACGGGAUGGCGACAGCCUGUCCAUUAACAAUGGCAUCCAAGGCAUGCAGCAUAUGCAGCAAAUGCAACAGAUGCCACAGGGCUCCUAUGGCACCGAUUCCUUGUUGACCUCGCAGCCUAUUCAGUACCCCUAUCAGCAACAGCAGCAGCAGAACGAUUCGUACAACCAAGGAUAUAGCGGGGGGAUGGAGAACGGCGGUUAUGACGGAGGAUACGGCGUGGAGAACGAUCAUCAACAACACCUGCAACCGCAGCACCAGCAUCAGCAGGGUGAUGGUAUGGGCGCAGGAAAUGGACAGGAAGGCUAUUAUGGACAGAACAAUAAUAGCAACAGCUACAAUAAUCUCAAUCCAGGGGGAUACGACAUGAACAACGCUGGCGGAUAUGAUGUCAACAACAAUAGCAUGAACGCGUUGACGAGCGCAACCCUAAACCUGUCGGGUCUUGGCAACAAUAACUAUCACAAUGGCAUGGACAACAGCAGCAGCAAUGGUAAUAUCAACAAUAGCAACAACAUGAACAAUAGCAUGAACAGUAUGAAUAUGAACAUGAACAACAGCAGCAAUGCUGCAGGCAACCUGAACAGCAACAAUAGCAAUAACAGCAACAAUAGCACCAACAGCAUCAAUAACAGCAACAACAACUCUGGCGAAUUGCUACUCCCAGCCGACGUACGAAAGUUGCAGGACGAGGUCAUGAGCUGGAAAAAGUCGCAAGAGACCUCACAGGCCAAGAUCAACCAGCUUCGACAGACGCUCACGCAAAAAUCGCAAGAGAACCGGGAGCUGCACACGUCCUUGACCCAGGUGACACAGGACCGUCUGGUGCUUCAGGAGCUUGUUCAUAAGCGCGAUAAGGAGAUGGACGACCUGCGAUCCCAGUACCUCAACGACGUUCGCCAGAUUCGAGCCACGGACGACGAUCACUCGACGAUCGAGAAGCGGGUCUGGAUGCUCCAGGCUGCGAUUCUGCAGCUCACAAAGUCAUCUUCCGGCGAUCGUGCCGUGAACCUGAAUACGGAGGAGGCCCAGAUGCUAGUGAAGAAGAAGUACAAGUUUGGGAACACUCAACCGUAUAUCCUCAACAUGUUCUUGGAGAAGUACAUCAUGGACACACUGCUCGAGGAAGUGUUCAACGGACCACCGUUCUACGUCGGUUUCGAGCUUGGGAGGGAAUACGGUGCGAUCUACCAAUGGAUGCUCGACAACAAUUUUCAGGAGCAGGCGGUCCGAUUCCGACAACAGCUGUGCUUCUUGUCGGCCAAUGCACCGUGUGCGCAGACAUAUGCGACCCAGGAAGCUACGCGGAUCGCCAAGGGGUUCGAGAUCAAGCUGGAGCGUCUUUACAACAAUUGGACAGGACACCAGAAGGUCCUGGAUUUGGUGACAAAGGCCAUUGCGCUCAGCUUGACGAUGAGGAGCCAGAAAGCCGAGAUCAAAGCUGAGGUGAUACCGAAUGAGACGGAGUUCGAUUCCGAGCGGAUGGUACCGGCACACAAGAGCAAAGAAGGUGGCAAGGUCAAGGUGUGCGUGAUGCCUUGCUUUGUUGACACGAACGGAGCGGUCGUUGGCAAGGCCAAGGUGUUUUGCGGAUAA